AAAUACGGCAUAUCACGUGAUACCAGUCGCUCGACCAGGGCAAAAAUUCCCUGCUAGCGAUAGAAUGCUUUAGCGGUCUGUCAGGGCGAUUCGCAGUUCACCGCGGACACGUGAAUGUUGCUAUCAAGCCUGGGUUUCUAUACCAAUGUGUGGUGGAUAGCAGUUCGACGCUGGAUAUGAAAAGAAGGAUAUACAUCUAAAUUAUGUCGGUAUACUAGCACAAAGGAGACUGACAGAACGCGGAAAUCUAGUCCAGCAUACACCAUGUGCUAGCGAUCGGCAGUGGUCUUGUGUCAUGUGUGUAACAACAUAGGCCGAUAAGAGGAUUCUGGCUGAAGUAUGACGACCAAAAUUGUUUAUUUUGUGGUUGACGGACGAAAUGAACAAACAGAAUUCCGCGGGAACGAUGACACCGAAGAUAUGCGAGAAACCUUCCGAGCAGCAGCAGAAGCAGGGCCUAACGACAUCCUGAAGUUAUAUAACACACGUGGAAACCUUAUCAACAUUUCACCAGGGCUGGCUGAAAAUACGUCGGACACGCGAUACAAGCUGGAAGUCGUUGCAGCUCAUUGUACGGGUAAACCAACAACUUUAGUCUCACACCUUGGUUUUGACAUGAACUCGUUAGAGCAAAGGUUACAGAAGCUGGAGAAGCGGGUGUUUGUGGACAACGGCGACAUCCCCUCCAUCGUCCACGACAUGAAGGAGAAGGUGGAAGACUUUAAGGAAAAGCUAGAGGGUGUUGAACAUUUAAGCUGGUUAGGUCUGUUCAAGGAUAUCUCAAGUGGGACGUCAUUACAGCCAUUUUGGGACAAACAGAAAUCUCUCAAAAAGAGUGAGCAGCAUAACCAACGGGUUUUUGAAAAGUUUAUGAAAAUGAGUCAAGUCCAGAUGACAGAUGAAGUGCGGGACUAUUUACGGAAGCCUACGUUCGACAACUGGCAGUGGGACGACUCUGAAAUGCUCAUUCUUCUCCGGCAAAUGUACAUAGAUCUCGGCUUUGUCACAAAGUUCAAUAUCGAAAUGCCGGUGUUACAUCAGUGGUUGUAUGAGAUCUACAAGAACUACAAUCAAGUGCCUUUCCAUAACUUCAAACAUUGUUUCAUGGUUGCACAAAUGAUGUAUGGCCUCACGUGGCUCAUCGAUUUGCCGUCCAUGUUAGACGAUGUCGACAUACUCACACUCAUCACAUCCGCCAUCUGUCACGACCUUGACCACCCGGGCUAUAACAAUGCAUAUCAGAUAAAUGCUCGCACGGAGCUGGCGCUGCGGUAUAAUGACAUCUCUCCCCUAGAGAACCACCAUUGUGCAGAAGCAUUUAAAAUACUGGAGAAGAAGCAGUGUAACAUCCUACGUAAUCUUCCCCGGGAUGAGUACCGCCGGGUUCGGGAGGGCAUGAUCAAGUGUAUAUUAGCAACAGACAUGGCAAAGCACAAUGAGAUUCUACACUCAUUCAAAUCGAUCGUAUCUACGUUUGACUUUACCGACAAAGAACAUAGAUCUGUGCUGAUGAUGAUACUGAUGAAAGUAUCGGAUAUUUCUAACGAAGCUCGGCCGCUAGAUGUCGCUGCACCAUGGGUGGAUUGUUUACUGCAAGAAUUCUUUAAUCAGCUGUUGAUGAUUUUAAUAAAAGUGGCUGACAUUUCCAAUGAAGUAAGACCCAUGGAAGUUGCUGAACCAUGGUUGGAUUGUUUGUUACAAGAAUUUUUCAAUCAGAGUGACCUCGAGAAGUUAGAGGGCUUACCUGUUGCACCGUUCAUGGACCGUGACAAGGUCACAAAGCCAUCGUCUCAAGUUGGUUUUAUCAAGUUUGUGUUGCUGCCGUUGUUUGAAGCUCUUGGGAGCCUCUUCCCCAAAGUGGAGCCCGAAAUCAUCGAGCCAGUACGGAAAGCCCUGGAGUACUACACAGACAUGCAGAAAGCCUUGGAAGAAGAAAAGAAGAAAAAGGAAGGCACACAUGGACUCACAAAACAAAAUGGCAUCACACCUGCUCAAGUCAGUAAAGGGAAGCUGCAAACAUAGUACAAGCUGGAAAUAGGACUAACCACUCAAGACCGGAAGCAGAUGGUAGAGGAAGGGAGGUAACUCCCAUUUCAAUAAUUCAAGGGACAUAACUCCACACUUCUGAGGUGCUGCAUAUAUUGGACCCAGUGUUGAAAUGGAAAUGAUUCCAGGCAUUGAAGAAUUGCAAUGGGAGGAACCAGACUGUUUCCUUCCUUCGAGGUUUCUAAGAUUGCCAAUUGGCCAUUUUAGUGAUCCGACUUUAAGAAAAGAUUGUGCUGGCUGCAAUUCUCAGAUUUCGACCAUAUCAAGACUUCCAACGAAAAACAUAUUCUGAGGAUGAAAAAUAGCUCCUUUGUUGAUUAGGUUAAAGUUCAAAUGAGUUAUUUUUGACACUUGAGUUAAGGUCCCUGACAGACCAAGGUAUAUAUAUAUAUAUGUUUUACAGAUCCUAAAGAUCUAUCUUGUUAUGAAUAUCAAAACUGGUGCAAACUGUUGAAAGUGAUUUGAGAUCAGUUUGAUGAUGUCUCUGUGCUGAAAACAGAAAAUUCUUCUGUAGGAUUUUGACAGCAACUUCUGGACGAUUCUGACUGCAAACCUGCCUACUUCUGUUGAAAUGUGGAGUCAAUAUCAAGAAGUACAACAGGGUUAUGUUCUAAUCUGUGUUCACAGGGGACUAAAGCUGCCAUGAGUUGAUUCAGUGUGUCCACCUUCAUCGUCACACGUCGGCGUGUGAUAGUGACAAGUUUGUGAUAGAAAUUGUCAUACAUAUAUAUGUGCAUGUUUCCUGGAAACAAGUUCUGAUUCAUCGUUAAUGAUAAUUGCUUCGGUGAAGCAAAGUUAGUGUUAUCAUUCAACAAAGAUUCAGAGUGACACUCUGGCAUUUUAAAGUUUCUUCUUCUCCAUAUUCAGGGAUUUUGGUUACUGUGACAAUGAAUUUUGUAUAUUUUAUCAUUUGGAAAGGUACCUCAUAGUCUCAUGUUAUUUUUCUUUACAAUAAACUAUGAUAUUAGCGUGGAAAUAAAAGUGGAGUUAAUCGUAAUGCAUGUCGAACAAACCAAGAAGCAGCCCUUGAAGUAAUCAGUCUAAAUAAAUACCUUGCAAAUGUUGAAUAGCAGUCCUCAUGAACAUGAAGCACUCCGGCAGAUUGACUGCCACGAAAAUUAUUGGUUGAUUUUUAGAAUUUAGUUUGAGAAAAUUACAAAAUGAUUAUAAAAUUUUGUUUCGCAUCAAUUAGUUUGUGUUUUGUUCAGAACUAUAUUUUGGUGCUUUUACAGAAAAUUAACAUCAAUCCAAACAUUUUCUUAAAUUAUGUUACCUUCUGUUGUUUGACUCCAGAAAAGAAAUGAAUGUGAUGUAGCCUUAUAAGAUGAAAUUGGCAAGAUGUUUCUUUUUGCACUUAGUUUUCAAAAUUUGCUUAACAAAUCGUAAGGACGAAAUACAAAUUAAAAUUUCAUUUUUUUCGGAUUGGGCAUUUAAAAAAAUAUUUAUAAAAGAAAUGAAAAGCGGUAUAAUAAUUAUUCGAGAGGUUACUUUCCUGUCUGGUUUGACCAACUUUAUUGGAUUAUUUUUUCAUAUUCCAAAACAAAUUUACACACUAGGUGAAAAGGCACAUUUCAUUUUUUAGAUAUUUGAGGCUGUGGAUCCGUAGAUUAGGUAUUUGAAAACAAUCUGCCCAAGUAAUAACCACAUCCAGGAUAAUAGUAUUUGCAAAGCAUUCUGCAAUACUUGGUGUAAAAAUAUUAAGUAUUGGUAUUUUAAACAUCAUUUUCUGCAAUAUUUUUUACCUGUCAACACUAGGAUACAUCGGUUUCAUCAACUAUGAUAUUAGAACGUACCUUCUCACAUUGAGCAAUUUUGUUUUGUUCCUUUUCUUUUUUCUAUGUUACAUUUCUAUUAUUAUUUUAUUGUUAGUUUAGUUUAGUUUACAAUCAGUUUGAGGAAUUGACAUCAGCUUCCUUUUAUUUAGGAGUUGAAACAAGACUGCCAAUACAUUUUUUUACCAUCAAAGUAACAUUAGAUUUGUGUUUAUGUAAAUGUUUCAUUGCCCUGAUCUGUUCAGUGGCAUCUGUUCCCAACCAGAAAUUAUCAUGUGAUUGUUUCAUUAUUUUAUUUCUUUUGAUCUUUAUAGUUAAUAUUCCAUGCUUAAUUUCUGCAGUAUCGGUAAUAUAAAUCAAGAAUCAUUUUAUGCAAUUUUACUACUCAUGUAAUUUUACUAUUAGAAUUAAGUGUCGAAAGUCUCUUCAAUUUUACUUUUAGAAGCAUCAAAAAUUGUUUUACUCUAUCUUAGAAAUGUUUAUAAGUGACACAUUUUAAUGGCAAUGUUUAUAAUUUAUUUCUUUUCUUGGAAGUACAUUUUUACUCUUUAGUUUAUAUUCUUUUAAUUUAAAUGUUAUUGUAAAAAUUCCAAACGUGCUGGUGUCUAUUGAGCUACAUGACAAAUAUUUACUUUCAAAAACUGCAUCAUGGCUCACAUGUCAAAUUUGUUCAAGAAUUAUUUUAUUGGCUGAUUUAGUUAAGAAUUCAAUACUUUUAUUCACAUGAACAAUUCAUCUCCUUUGACCAAAUAAUUGAUUUAAGAAAAUCAUAUUAAAAUCAGAUCCUUUACUCGGGUGUGAUAGUCUCCAGAGGAGGUCAUGUCAGGUGAACCUUCUGAUCAGCCAGACAGCAUCCAGGCUUCUGAGUUCUUGGUACGAGGGAAAGAAGCAUCCAGCCUCCUAAGUUCUUGGAGGUGCGGUCGGGUAGCCUAGUGGUAAAGCGUUCGCUCGUCACGCUGAAGACCCGGGUUCGAUUCCCGACAUAGGUACAAUGUGUGAAGCCAAUUUCUGGUGCCCCCCGCCGUGAUAUUGCUGGAAUAUUGCUAAUAGCGGCGUAAAACUCACUCACUCACUCUAAGUUCUUGGUACGAGGGAGAGAAGCAUUCAGGCCAGAAUAUCUGAGUUCUGUAUCUUAAAAACUAAAACGAUAAAAUUGGAUGGUAGUUAAAAAAGGCAGUGCCAUAUUAUUGCUGUGGACAUUGUAUUCACCCGGCCAUUUCUAAGUGCCAUGGCAUCUACCCUUACAAGGGAGUACCAUCGCAGGGAUAUUUGUCUUCUCUUUGAGUUUUUGUUUGUACAAAUCAAAAUUUCCAAAAGUGCAUGCAGGCCGCUAUGUUAGUGCAACAAUAUUGAACGCGACGUUAAACCCCAUUUCACUUCACCUCAUUUAGGUUGGGUGAUCAAAGUUCAAUAAAGGUUCAUCUGACGCAACCUCUUAUGGAGGCGUAUUCAGAUCUUUAAGCAGAGGAAUUGUGUCCGAGUAAAAUAUCUGAUUUUAAUAGCAUUGGAUUUUAUUAGGAUACAGUCUGUUCUGUAAGUGCCAUAAAUGUUUUAUGUGACAAUGUCCAGACCUACUGGCACCAGUGGAACGCAAGUCUCUCGUUUGAUGGCUAUGUUAUUUUGAACUUGGGAGUCUAUCUCUAAGAACAUAGAUUUAUGUAUUUGUACAAACAAGAAGAAAUAGAAUUAAAAACUAGAUGGUCCUGGUUAUGAAAGAAGUUGGUGCAUUGGACUAAGUAUUUCAAGUGUAUAUGUGUGGAAGUGCGAACAUGUGUAAAGUUUCUGUGACAACGGGUAAGUGUGAUCCCACAGUUUGUCUGCCCAAACAUUAUGUAUUAUAUAGUUCAGUGUGUACACGGGCACUGAGCCAUUGUAAAUUUUAAUAUCCUAAAUAUACAUAUCCAUCUUUCAGCUGCUCUGAGGUUUCAAAUUGUAUAAAUACCUUUUCUAGAUUUGCUUUCAGUACGAGAACAUAUAAUUUGUAGGAUUGUGGAGAGGUUCUGAUUAAAGAUAGAUAGAAAAUUUUAUAUUGAACAAAAAUAAUUGGGAUGCACCUCCAUUAAAAAAUUAAGGCAGGUGAACCAAAAUGUAUCACAACUAUAUGGAGGGGUGUAAAAUAUGAUGCAGUCCAAAGACCAAUCUCUGACCCCCAUGUCCCUUUUAAUAUUAAAAAUGACCAUUUCCUAAACAUGAUAUGAAGUAAAAAAAAUAAUACAAAAUUGUAAAGUCCUGGGAAGAAAAAUAUGUUGUGUUCUCAAAAUUAGGCUCCUCUCUGAAAAGGUACUGAAAGGUUUGAGAGAAAAAAAUUAAAUUGGUCUCAGAACAAAAAUGCUGGCAACACUUCACCUCCCCAGAACAAAAUGCCAGCAACCCUCCACCCCCAGAAAGAAAUGGUCAAUCUCAAAGUGAACAAUCCCUACACAAUGUUUUAAUUUUCUUAUUGAGAUUUUUGUUAUAUCAUCAUUGUUCUUUCAUAUUGUUAAAUAUAUAUUUAUUAGUUUCAUCUGAAACAUUUUCCAUCAUUUGAAGCGCAGAACUAGACAUCAUUAUUGAAAAGGACAAAAAUGUAAUACCUUUUUAUAUUUACAGACAGAUUUUUGUACCGCUGAUCUGAUAUAUGUCAAUAGAAGAGAACCUGGUUUAUGAUAGAUUUUAUCAUCUACAAACUUCAUUAACAAGAAAGAAAUACAGACAUGCUGACUGAUCAGUCUUGUAAGGUCAGGGUGACCUGAUUGGUGCAUAGUGAAAUAAAUGGGAACUGUCAAUAAGUA